AUGAUCGAGAAGCCACUGACCUGGUUCAUUCCGGAAUGGGCUGCAAAGGGCCGCGGGGAGUUCAAAGGCAGCAAGAUGUUUGGCAUCGCAUUGCCACCGGUUGACGAGACACCGUUGUUUCGCACAGUAUCCGACGAGGAGUCUUCACAGACAAAAGCGUUCCACUUUCUCUUUUCGCAUGUGGGGUGCAGAGGGCUGACGCAGCCAGAAAUCUCGCAUCCAAAAUGGAAUUCCUUCAAGAGGGCAGCGGCCAGCAGCAAUCUGGAGUUCGACCUUCUUCGCUUGACGGUGUGUGCCAACUACGCGCAUGGCCCGUGGACGAAUGGGGACCGGUUGGUGCUCAAGCAGCAGGCACUUGAAAGCUACCUUGACAAACAGUCUGAAGAUUGGUUCAGGGACAUGGCGGAAGAGAUUGCGCGAGACAUUGGAGAAUCGGAAGUGCUGUCGGAAGAGCAGGCGCGAGGCUCGAUGUCCGAUUUCCUCGAUUCCGAGGCAGUACGCAAUCGAGGCGCCUUCGUCAAGUCCAAGGCGUGGUUCGGGAUUAUCACCGCGCUUCGAAGCUUGGUGAAACACUGGACAAUCCAGCGGGAAGCUUCGACAGCGAUCAUGGUUGAGACGGGCGGAGACGACGAGGAUGCCAAGCAUCACGACGACGACGAGCAGGGCGAUGCCGAUGCUCCUCGCGACCCUCAACCACCCAAGAAGUGGACAAAGGCGGACCUCUACCGUGCGUACAGCGGUCGUGGACCGCAUGCGAUGAACGCAGAUUUCUUGAAUGACCCGGACUUGCGGAGCAAAGCUGUACUGAUCAUCCAUGUGCACGCAGCAUACGCGGAAGACCUGGCCGCACAACAAGGUGAACCGGAGCAACAGAUGCAGUGGAUUGCUGGCCGUGCGACAGGAGAUGGUUUGGAUGUGGUGACGAGCAUCCUGAACAGUGUGGCGUCGCCUCAGCUCAGUCGAGAAAUGCGCUUGGCUCCUCCUUGCAACCCGCCCUUGGAUGUUGACAACACCUACCUGGCCGAUGAUGUCAGGAUGCUCCAAACGGCAUUCGACUUUGCAGCCAAUUUGGCGUCAAAUGUGCUAUGGGGCCAGCUUCUUUACCAGCACACUUUGCCCUUGGCGGGUGCAUCGCUCUUGGCAGAGGAAGAGGAUCAACGCAAGAGGGCCAUGCAGCAUUUGAAGCAGCUAGUUUCGGUUGUGGUGAAAGCAGAAGACCUUGUCGCGAAGGGACCUUCGCCAGUGGAAGAAGUUUUGCAGACAUUGGCAUGGCCAGACGAGACGCUAGCCAGAGAAGUGAUGGUUCGACUUCAUCGUUCAGAGUACAAAGCUGAAACAGAGGAAGGGUUUGAGCUCCGACGGCUGUUGCUGCGUACCUUCCUGGGCAGCAGCAGCACGAAGGAAGUGCUCGAGAGCACAUUUGCACAUCUGCAUGACAUCUCAGCCAGGCAUGCGAAGAACGCAAAGAUGUGUAUGCGUGGGGUUUGGUUUUACUCCGUGGCAUCACCUUACACGACUCGGGAAACAUGUGGCAUGCCACAGUACAAGCCAAGUCAUGCUGACUGGGUGAAGUGGCGUGGUUUCUACGGGUCUGCCAGGGACCGCUUCAUGAAGCGGUUCAACAGCGCCUUGAGCGUGAAUUCUACAGAGCUUCCUCGUGGACGUGAACUCCCGAUCAGUCCGAAUGGUGUGAAAAAAACAAAGUGGCGCAUGGCAGGGCCUCUGAGCCAUUACCGCAGCUCCUCAGCCAUGUUGUACCUGCUGGAGGAUUCUGGCAAUGACUUUGUCAACUGCCAUUUGGCGUGGGCCGGCGCAUUCCUGAGAUGCGGGCAGUUCUAUUGCCACAAGGAGAUGUUCACUGUUUGUUUUGCAUGUGGUGAUAACGAGUCCUUCAUGCUGUGCUUGGGCUUCAAUGGCUGGUGCGCUAUUGGUGUUGACAUCUUGCCAGAGGAGGUGGAUGGCCGUGAGUUCUUGACAAUGAACCGUCGCCACCUCAAGGGUCCAGUGCGUGUGAUGUUCAACUUCGACUGUGCAGAGGACAGUUGCUGUUGGGCUCAUGUUACCGUGCAAGUGCUACCCCCAGCCUCUUUGCCUCCAGAGCUGGUGGACUGUGGAAUGGCCUUCGAAAUCCUGGACCGAAGCGGCUGGAUCUUGCGGGACGCCCUGGCGAGUGGGAUGCAGCUCACUGUGGACAGAGUGCGGUCGGCGUGCCAAGCCAUCGGUGCUGAACUUCCCCGCAAAGGCUGCGGCUCCGGUAAGAAUGGCAACAUCAUCAAAGUUGAUUGGGUUUCGUGCUUGGUCGCUGCGGUCUUUCGAGACUCAAGUGAAGCGGAACGAGCCGCCAUCGAAGACCAAGUCAUGGGCAAGCAGCAGAAACCUGUUGAUGUGGGGGUGUUGGCAGCUAUCUCCGAGCUCGAUUCCGACAACGCGCAGGCAUUCAAAGACAUCAAGAAACGUGCUCAGGAGAUGUUCGAGGAUGCAGUGUACGGACAAGGUGUCAAGCAAGGCUUGCGCCGCAUGUUGGAUGACGAGCCCGAUGAGGAGAAGCGCCGGCAGAAUUUUCGCAAGGCAGCUGAUAACGCCGACAAGAAGCAGGCACAGAAGGCUGAAGCGGAUCGCCAGCAUGCUGAGCGACAGUUUCAGCUGACUCCGCCUGACCUGAAGAGCCUGCUUCCGGGAGGCGGUGAAAUGGCUGGAGUAUGCUGGGCGCGGUACAAUCCGUUUCAGCAGUGGUUCUCAGUGCAGUAUCCUGUGGGUGCUGCUGAGCUACAGGAUUCCAUGCAGCGCAAAUGGAACACUGAGUUUCGCCACUUCCCUGGCUCUAUCCUGAUGACCUCGAACUGCCUGAUGCCCCCCAUGGGCAAGUACAGGGAUCGCAUUUGGACCACGGGACCCGUGGGCUUCGAUGCCGUGCCGAACGUGGUCAGCGAAGACUUUACGGCGAUUAUCGACCAAGCUCUGAAGCAAUCCGUCGAGAUCAAGGUCCCCCGCUCGGGCGAGUUGCCCAACCGCGAGCUUCAGAUUGGUUUCGGCCACGCUGCGGUUUUGGGUGUGGCCGACAAGGUGGUUGAAGCCAUCAAAGGUGGACAGCUGAAGCACGUCUUCGUCAUCGGAGGUUGCGAUGGAACCGAAGGCACGCGGAGCUACUUUACCGAUCUCGCGGCCGAUACUCCCGAUGACUCGAUCAUCUUGACCCUGGGCUGUGGCAAGUUCCGACUGAACGGCAGGGACUAUGGCACCAUCGGGGGCAUUCCCCGCUUGCUUGACGUCGGUCAGUGCAACGACGCCUAUGGUGCAGUUGUCAUUGCGACAAAGCUGGCCGAAGCCCUGGGGUGUGGUGUGCACGACUUGCCCCUGCACUUUGCUGUGUCCUGGUUCGAGCAGAAGGCCGUCGCCGUCUUGCUGACGUUGCUUCAUCUUGAGCUGAAGAACAUCCGCUUGGGCCCAAACCUACCGGCCUUCAUCACACCCAAGGUCCUCGCGGUCCUCAACGAGAAGUUCGGCCUGAAGCCUGCCAACAUACAUGCUGAGGAUGAGGACUUGGAGGCGAUGCUGCAGGGCAAAUGA